UCUGGUGGACCGACCAAGGAUCGUGACGUGGUGAUUGGUCACUAGACUGUAUAUUGAAAACUCUUCGAUUAACUGUAACAGCAUUGAGAUUUGGUCAGCGGACAUCUGUGAUACGUGUUAAGGAGUCUAUUUUAUGUGGAACAGGGACUUUACUCGGUGAUUUUGACUGUAAUCUAAAAGUUCGCUGUGGAUUUGUCCGAUCAUCAGGGUUUUGUGGUUGUAUCUGCUGCGACUGUCUGACUGACUAAAAGUGAUCCGGAGGCAACAUGAAGCUCUACAGUCUCAGCAUCCAUCACAAAGGAGCGACCAAAGCAAACCUCCUCAAGUCGGCCUACGACCUCUCCUCCUUCAGCUUCUUCCAGAGAUCCAGUGUUCAAGAGUUCAUGACAUUUACAAGUGCCUUGAUUGUUGAGCGAACAUCACAAGGAAGCCGUGCCUCUGUCAAGGAACAAGAGUACCUGUGCCAUGUCUAUGUUAGAAAUGACAACCUGAGUGCAGUGGUCAUUGCAGAUUCUGAAUACCCACAGAGAGUCUGUUUCACAUUGUUAGACAAGGUUUUGGAGGAGUUUUCCAGGCAGGUGGACAGUAUAGACUGGCCCUCUGGUAGUCCUGAAACCAUAAACUAUAAAGCCCUGGAUAUUCAUCUUUCUAAAUACCAGAACCCCAGAGAAGCAGAUGCAAUGACCAAAGUUCAGGCAGAGCUGGAUGAGACCAAGAUCAUUUUGCACAACACCAUGGAAAGUCUGUUAGAGCGAGGGGAGAAGUUGGAUGAUCUUGUGGCAAAAUCAGAGCACCUCGGAACCCAGUCCAAAGCCUUUUACAAGACUGCACGGAAACAGAACUCAUGCUGUGAAAUCAUGUGAUGCAGCUGCCUCGUCCUUGGGGACAAGCCUCUCUCUCUCUGCCUUUCUGCUUUUCCUACAACUCCCAUCAUGCCCCAGCCACCAGCUCUCAACAAAAAAGGACAGAACAGACUUUGUCUAAUCCAGGAUGGGGCUUCAGGAUCUAGAGCAAGAGAGGGUGGACGGCGGUGGUGACAAGGCAAAGUGUGACCUAUCCGGUGUGACUGAUGGGGGCUGACGCAGUGAUGGAGUUUGAUCCAGGGGAAGACGUAACUUUUGAAUUAUUUUUAACCUUUUAAAGGGGUUAAUAUCUGUGCAGUGUUUCAAUACCAGCUGAGGGUAAAACAGUGUGACGUUGUGUAUUGGUGAUGUGUCGUUGAAACGUCUUCAAACCAUUUAAUAUUUUUGAGAAUCAAAUCUUAAUAUUCUGGUCUCAGCUCUUAACACUUCAAAAGUAUUAACCACGGUUGUGCUUCUGCAUCUAGGCAACUCUGACAAUCUCACAGUCUUAUUUGUGAAUUGACAAUGUUUAAUUUUCAGUUUGAGUUUCAUUUAACUCCCCUCUCUAGAUGGCCCUGGUUAUUUACUCCAUUGUUUCAAUAAUCCUUAAUUUUUGGGGUCAAAUUUGAAAACUGUAAUGUCAGCAAAGGCAUUGCACAGCUGCUCUGAAGUUUGAUUUAAAAUCUCAGAAUUUUAUUUUGAAAUGUCUUUUCUAGACUGGAUUAAGUUACAUAAUUUCUUUGCUUUUCUCUGUCUUAUAGUGUUGAAUCUGAAACAUUCCCACUUUGGAUGAGUGUGAGUGAGUGGUGAAACUAAUAAAGAGUGAGAGAGUAGAUGUAAAGUGUAGAAAGAUGAUUCUCCAUAGAUGCAGCCUUAACAUGAAACCCCUCACAAACCCAUCACUCUGUCUCAAUAGAGGGGCUUGACUUCUCAUCUCUUCUAUUUAACUCUGUGUACUGUAGCUCUACUUUCUACUCUGAUAAUCCCCCACACAAGAUAAUUCACAAAAAAGGUUUUUAAAAUACAAAAACCCACUAAGAUCCACACAAUCCAGUCCAUGACUUGCUGGUUUCUCUAAAACCUGAGAUCACUGGUAUUUUACCAUCUCUCAUCAUGGCUGAGGUGAUUCUAGAAACCCUCAGAUGCUGCUGAUUUCUCCUUAAAUGGUUUUGAAGAGGGCAGUCGUAUCCGUGGUGACAUUAUAAAUUCACUUACUUCACAUACUGGUCUUACUAAGACACUCCACCACAGCUGACUGUUUUCACUGUCAGCAUGGUUUGCUGUAUUUAGGUCUGACUGAGUUGAAUUAUCUUUCUUCAGGAACUGCUGAUCAGUUGAAGCUAAAAGAUGCCUUCUGGUUGUGUAUUUUAGAUGUUUCUCUGCUCGCUUUCUAAUGUGUGUGUGUAUGAUUUGCUGAUACACAACAUCUGCAGGCUGCAUUGAUGUUGAGUGCCUGUGUGUGGGGACUAUUGUGUGUUUGUUGUGCGCUCUCUGAACUGCUCUAUCUGCUUUUACAGUGUAAAAUUUUGUGCAAUAUCUGCAGACUGUUGUGUAUCUCUCAUUUAAUAAAAAAAAGAGAGAAUUCAUGGAAAUAUUCCUCAUAAAGGACAGUAAAUUGACCUUUGUACACUAUUAUGGCAAAUUCCCAUUUAAACUGUGGUCAGAGUUGUGUUUGAGAUAUUUGUAAAAUUUCUUCCAUUCUAAAUUUCCAAUUAAUGUACUGAAUUUUAAAAUUUGUCAAAACUAUAAAGUCACUCUGUAGCUAUUUGAAGGUCAUGUCUUACUGACCAGUGUGUUGUAAACAGUCUGCAUUAAACAUUUUGAUCCACAUGUCAAAGACA